AUGACUCAAAAGCACCACCAAGAGGAGAUCUCAGGGCCAAUUGAUGCUAUUGAAGCUGCUCCAUUAGCUAAGGACUGCCCUCGACCCAAAAGAGCUCGAAUUCAGAGCCGAAAAGCGCGAGAAAAUCAGACGCAAAGUCAGCUAUCUCAAGUACUUUCCCUGCGGCCUAUCACAUCUACAAGCGAGCAAAAACCGAUAUCUAAUAGAGAAGAUUCCUCAUCUGCUGGAAAUAACGCAUCUCAAUCAAAACAGCGACAUCAAUUACUCCGCCAAAACAGCUCUCAACGGUCUAUUAUCAAUACACAGCAUAAGAAAGAGAAGGAAGAAUGGCAGAUACAAGUUGAAUCUACUCAAAACAAGUCAGAAAAGCUGAAAAUUCUUGCUGAACAAAUUGGCCCUAGUCGACCUUACCCAGAAAAGCUGAACGUUCCGAUCCCAUCUGCGUCAGGGCAGCUAAAACUUCGUGCUCACGAACUUAAGCCAAUUGAUCUAUUUUAUCGGUUUAUUCCAAAGGAGCUGUUUAUGGAUAUUGCAGAGCAUACGAACGAAUACGCAUUUGAAGAAAGAUCUCAAGAAUUCGAUCAAAUCCAGCGAGUAUGGAGAGAUGUAACUGCUGCAGAUAUCGGAGGCUAUAUUGGUGCUAUACUCCUUAUUGGCGCACAACCAGGUGGAAGAGAUCUAGCCUAUUACUGGAAUCAGAAAGAAAACUAUCCUCAUUGGCCAGUCGCUGAAUAUAUCUCUCUAUUGAGAUUUCAGCAGAUUUCAAGAUAUCUCAAGAUUAAUAGGCCAGGGCCUCUCCCAGAUAACCAAUGGUACAAAAAAGUUGAGCCUCUUGCUACUCAUUUUCGCAAAGCAACAACUCCGAAUAUGUACGAAUUGCCACAGAAUCUCUCAAUUGACGAGCAAUUAGUCAAAUUCAAAGGACGUUCGAAGCACACUAUUCAGAUGAAUUCAAAGGCCGCUGGCAAAGGAUACAAGAUAUAUAGCCUCUGUUGUUCUAACGGCUAUAUGGUUGAUUUCAGGUUCAGCAGUGCUACAGAGAAGGUAGCUGAAUUAGGAGGAUAUCCUGAGUUCUCUCAAAGCGAGGCUAUUGUGCUGGAUCUUGCAGAGCCAUUUUACGUUCUACAUCUGGAUAACUUCUUUACUACCCGCAAGCUCUAUCAACGACUCUAUGAACUCGGAAUUGGAGCGAAUGGCACUGCUAAAGCAGGGUCUGGUAUACCCAAAGAGCUAGCAUAUCUUCGUGAUGCAAUGACGAAGCAGAAUGACUAUGGAGAGUGGUUUAAUUACGUUGUUGGCAGCGUCAAUUGUAUCGCAUUUUGCGAUUCAGCUUCUAAGGCAAUGAUGACCACUAUUCACGAUCCUACUAUGGAGGAAUACACCUAUUUCAAGAGAAUCAAACGCCCUAAGGCCUCUUUGAAGUAUGCCGUGGAUGCAGAAACUGCAAAUGCUGCAAAUUCUGCAAAUGCUAUGAAAUUUGUGUGUCCUGCGCCUUCUACGAAUUCUACGCCUCCUGCGAAUUCUACGCUCUCUGCGAAUUCUGCGCCUCCUACGAAUUCUACGCUCUCUGCGCCUCCUGCGCUCCUUGCGAAUUCUACGCUCCCUGCGCCUCCUGCGCUCCCUGCGAAUUCUGAAAAUAAGCCACAAUAUCUACGAAAGCUAUAUGCCCUUGAUCGAUAUAAUCAAGAGAUGGGUGGCUCUGAUAACCACGCAAAACUGAAUUCGUACUAUUCAAGAUGGGACGUCGACGAGGAUCGGAUCCUGAGAUUCGCGGAGACCCACUGGGCUGCAAGCAGGAAGAAACUUUCCCGACGGUGGAACAGAGGGCAGAUCAAGAACGCCUUCCAGACCGUUAUUGCGCUAGCGACUUGGGAUUUCAAUGAUGAGCACGAAUGUACUAAACUCCAGCGACCGUUGCUUUCGGACAAGCAUUUCGAGGUUGUCUCGCAGACGAGCGCGCACUUUGACGAUUAUAUUAGUAAUGUUCACGGUAUCGAGGAGGAUGAUGCUUUCGCGGUCAUGGCUGAGCGAGAAAACCUGCGCAAUGAUAGUGUGCUACAAUUAAAACCGAAAAGGCGAUCAGACCGCUCGAUUCACAAAUCGAGCUCAAGGCGUGCUAUCCGUGGUGGCUCCGGGCGUAACAGCUCAGAUAGCGAGAAAACAGAGGCAUCUGAUGAUGAUGAUAAUGAUGAUAAAGUGACUAUUUCGGAGGUGGAGUUGGAGCUCAAGCCGAGGAAGAUGAAGGGCCGAAUGAAGUCGUCACCAGCCAAAGGUAAAACAGGGCACGGUAGGGUUCAGAGACAGGAAAAGACACGGAGGAAGAACCGAUCAAUAGCUGAAGAGUCUUCGGGCAAGUCGGACGAGGACUGGUCUUCACAUUGA